UUACCCGUUAAACUCGGCAUAUACUUACAAGAUUCUUCGAACGUUAAAAUGAAAAGUAAGGACAUUGUUGCUGGUGACUCAGAAAAUGAAUUUGACGUUGACGAACCUGAAGAAGUUGAUGAUCAUUCCGAUGAUGAAUGGGCCCCCAGUGCUGCAGCAAAAUCACCAGGUAAGCGAGGACGACCAACUAGAGCUGUAGCUGCUAGAAAGAAGGCUAAAACUAGGAGUACUGAUGAAGAUGAGGAAGAGGAAGAAGAAGAAGUGCUUCCAAAAAAGAAAAGAGGCCCAAAACCUAAAACACAAACGCCUUCAAAGCGAGGUAGAGCAGCCAGGAAAUCUAAAAAGGAAGAAGAAGAGCCAGAAGAAGAAGAAGAAAUCGAGGAUGAAGAAGAAUUAGAUGAAGAUGACGAAGAGGAAGAAGAAGAAGAACUUAAUCAAGGGCCAAAUGCAAAACCCGCCAAAGAGUUUACGUCUGGAGCUUUUGUUGUUCUGAAAACUGACAUGAUCGGUGAAGGUAACCCCCCAGUUUGGAAAAUUGAUGGCAAAGCAUUAUUACAAAAAUAUAUACCUUUUGAACAAGAUGGUAAAACGUUGUACAAAAACACAUCUGUUUAUUCCGGAUGGGGAUCCAAUGUUAAAGAGCAAUACUAUUCUGCUCCGGUAUCAUUUAUACAGCAAACUCGUAAAGAACACAUAAUAGAAUUUUACAAAGAUAAAAUAGAAAAAGAUCCUGAAGUAGAAGCAGCAGCUAAAAAAGAAUUGGAAGAUGAAGAAGCUGAACUGGCUGCUGGCGAAGAAGAAGAUGAAGAGGAGGAUGAGGAUGAAGAGGAGGAAGAAGACGGAGAAGAAGAAGGUGAGGAGGAGGACGAAGAACAAGAUGAAGCGUAAAGUAGUAUAUACAUAUAUAUAUUGUGAAAUAAUUAAGAGUACGACUGUUCCCUUACAUUUUGUGUUUUAAUUCAUUUUUUUUUACAUUAAUUAGUAAUCUACCUUUUCAUUUUGUAUUGACAUUAAUAAUUUGUAAUAAUUAUUUUAUCUGUUUUAUUUUUGCAUUCAAAUACUAGCACAUGAAUCAUUUGUAAUUAGUAUUGGUUACCUACACCAUUUAUAUAAUUAAAAAUACUGAUUGUGUGUGAAAUUGUCGACUAGCUUCAACAUGAUUAUCUUUGAAUUUUUGUAAUAUUUAGAUUAGUUCAUAUUUUAUUAAGUAAAUUGUGUUUUUUAACACAUUACCAUUAAUGAUAUAUAUAUACAUAUUUUAUAAUUAUUAAAACCAUUGUAAUCUGAAAUAAGGUAAUUUUUCCGCUUAUACAUUGGAUGCAUUAAAAAUUGUCUAUAUUUAUUAAUAAUAAGAUCUACUAUGGGCAUUCAUUUUUAUGAAAAGAGUACCAAUAUUUAUCAAAUAUAUACAGUUUCUAUAAGCAGUCCGUCCAAUCAACUCAAAAAAUUUUUAUUAUU